CAGCCAUAGUUCUAUCGCAGGCAAAGGCUCAAAAUAGUUCUGUAGAACCCGAAAAUGGCUGCUAAUUCUGGAAGGAGGAGGGUGCAUUAUUUUAUUGCUAUACAUUUAUUGUUCGGACACCAGAAGAAACAUGUGAUUUGCCUCAAGUCCGAAAGCUCAAAAUAGUCAAUGCAAAAACGCAAACGUGGUUACUAAUUUCAGAGAGAAGAUGAUUAAUCGGUUGACAUUCUCUUUUUGUUCUAACGCUGAAAGAAAUAAGAGAAGUAAAUCAAACUUAUUCCUCAAAGCUCUCUUGUCUCUGUUCGCCGUCGAGGGAGGGUGGACGGAGGAGCUUUUAAAAGACAAAAUCUGGGGUCUUUUUCUCUGGGAGGAAGAAAGAAUCAUAAUUUUAGUACGAAGGAUUUUUUGCUUUAUUUUGUUUUUGUUUCCUUCCAUUGAAAGAGCCCCAGGAACAGAGAUAGAGGAAUGAAGAAUUUGAAGGAUCAAUCAGAGAAGCAUGAGAAGAAGAAUGGGAAUGGAAUAGUGGCAGUAGGAAUAGACAAAGACAAGGGAAGCCAAAAUGCACUCAAAUGGGCAGCUGAACAUCUCCUCGCGAGAGGCUCAACUGUAGUUCUCAUCCAUGUCAAAGUGAAGGGAACUUCUCAUCAAGCUUCAUGGUCAUGGACAAAUAGUUCUGCAGACAAAGGUUCAUUGCCCCACAAGGACUCGGAUGGACUCACCGAGGAAAUUUUUCACCCAUGUCAUGUCUUUUGUGCACGGAAAGGCAUACAAUGCAAGAAUGUCAUACUAGAAGAUACAGAUGUAGCGAGAGCUUUGAUUGAACAUGCUUUUCGCACGGCUAUCGAGCAUUUAGUUCUUGGCUUGUCAAAUAAAAAUGGUUUGUUUAGAAAAUUCAAGGUAGCUGAUAUUCCAGGAACGGUGGCAAAAGGGGCACCGGAUUUCUGUUCUGUCUAUGUUGUCGCUAAAGAAAAGAUUCAAACAAUGCGAUCAGCUUCUCGUCCUGCUCCAGCCAUUUCCCUUCCUAGCAAGCAUAAUCAAGCAAGCAUCAAGUCAAACCUAGCAGAGACAAAAAUGCCGUUAACUAAUCAUGCACAUGAAAAGCUAUCCACUGGUGUGAAAAGUAAAUUAGAGGAUGAAACUGAAUCUUUCAGGUCACCAGUAACUGGGAGAAAUUUGAAUAGCAAGUCACAUAAGGAAAAUCCCCUUCCAGGUACUGACGUAUCCUUUGUAAGCUCUGAAAGACCAAGUCCAAACCAUAUAUUCUGUUUGUUAUACGACGGCUCUGAUUCAGGGAUGUCCAGCCCUGGGGUAGCACUCAGCUCAGAGAUAGACGGGAACUACAGCUUUGAGUUACUGCAGAACCGAAGGGGGUCUAUAGAUAUUAGCUCUCCUUUGGAAUCCUUCUCAUCAGAUGGAAAUGGACUUUUAACACCACAUGUCACGGAUGAUAUGGAGGCUGAAAUGAGGAGACUGAAAUUAGAACUUAAGAGAACAAUGGAAAUGUAUAGCAUUGCCUGUAAAGAAGCGCUCGUAGCACAGCAGGAGACUGUAGAACUCCAACGUUGGAAAAGGAAGGAAGAAAGAAAAGUGGAAGAGGCAAAGCUUGUUGGGGAAGCUGUUUUAGAAGUUGCAGAAAAGGAGAUGGCUAAUGCCAAAGCAGCUAAGGAGGUUGUUGAAGCACAUCGGAGGAUUGAGGAUCUGGAAGCAAAAAGGAGAGGAGUUGUAGAAAUUAAAGCACUCAAAGAAUCGGAAGAGAAAACAAAAGCACUAGAUGCUUUUACGAACAGAGACAUUGGGUAUAGAAGGUAUUCAAUUGAGGAGAUUGAAGCUGCGACAGAGUUCUUUACAGAUUCAUUAAAGAUUGGAGAAGGGGGUUAUGGUCCAGUAUAUAGGUGCCAUUUGGACCAUACCCCUGUGGCAGUGAAGGUUCUACGUCCUGAUGCAGCACAAGGGAGGUCACAAUUUCAAAGAGAGGUUGAGGUACUGAGCUGCAUAAGGCAUCCAAACAUGGUUCUUCUCCUGGGAGCCUGCCCAGAGUAUGGCUGCCUUGUCUAUGAUUACAUGGCCAAUGGAAGCUUAGAAGAUCGCCUCUUUCGUCGAGGGAACACUCCCUCACUUCCUUGGCAGAUUAGGUUCAAAAUUGCAGUUGAAAUAAGCACUGGCUUGUUGUUUCUGCACCAGAGAAAACCAGAGCCUCUAGUGCAUAGGGACUUGAAACCAGCUAACAUCCUGCUUGACAGCAACUAUGUAGCCAAGAUUGGUGAUGUAGGCUUAGCCAGGCUAGUUCCACCAUCUCUGGCUGGCAGUACGACACAAUAUCAAAUGACAUCAACUGCCGGAACUUUCUGUUAUAUAGAUCCAGAGUACCAACAGACGGGAAUGCUUGGGGUGAAGUCUGAUAUAUACUCCCUUGGGAUAAUUUUCCUGCAGAUUUUAACAGCUAAACCACCAAUGGGUUUGACCCAUCAUGUUGAGAGAGCUAUUGAGAAAAGAGCAUUUGCUCAGAUACUCGAUCCAACAGUGCCUGACUGGCCUGUAGAGGAGGCCUUGAGUCUAGCAAAUAUGGCACUUCAGUGUUCCCAGUUAAGGCGAAAAGAUAGGCCUGAUCUCGCCAAGGUUGUCUUGCCUGAACUGCACAAGUUGAGAAAUCUUGCUGAAAAAAUUAAUUGCCUUGCACCCUAA